UUUGACUCUGCAUUUUGACCAAUUUCACCAACUAGCCGAUUAACUAAUCACCUUAAUAGAAACAAAGUGAUUAAAUAUCGAGGAUUAAUAGAAUUAGUUCUUAGUUACAAACUAUUAUCUCUGGUGUGUAAAAGGACUCAAUUUGAAUUAAAUCACGAUAAAAUUAAAUCAUUUAGCAUCUCAAUCAAUCUACCUUCAUCUAACGUUAGUUAUCAAUAUGAUGAAUUCUGUACCUGGAUUCGAUUUGAAAGUAAAGAAUUAGCUUCGAGUCGAAAUCAUAAGUAACGUUUUAGUGCAAAUACACUCUAAGUGGAAUCUGUUAGUAAUCCACCCGGUCAUGUUGUUGGAAAGUUCAUUGUUAAAUAUCAUUGUUAAUAAUAGAUUCAUUCCGUUCGCGAGGAAACUUGUAUUAAUCCAUCAAUUUUUUCUUUACUUAUUAUCUUUGAAUUUUCAAUUUCUAUGAGAAAUUUAAGUUCUAUUGGAGAUCGAUCGUUCUAAAGUCGAUCAAUUUUUCACAAUCAAUUCCAACUAAUAUUCUAUCAAAAAAAUUAAAUAAUUUGAUUAUUCUUAGUGGAUAAUAAUGGUUAUUGUAGAAAAAGUCAUUUCAUGCUUUGUGUCUCUUGGCUUUACUAUUCUAAUCUAUUUUUGAUGUAAUUUUCAUCAUAUUGAAUCUUUUUACUAAACUCUUAAUUGAAUAACUUUGUUUCAUUUUCUAUUAAAGGAAGCGUAAAGAUUAAUGAUUAUUAUUAUAUUGGCACCGAAAAGUCAGAAAAGAUAAAUAGCUGGUCAAUUCGGAAUAUCGAUUCAGAUUAUAAACUCAAAAUUUUAAUAAUUAUUAGAUCGGUUGCUGUUUUCUACUCGACGUACUCAGUUAAAAUUCUUGAUGUUAUGAAUUUCUGUUGAUAUUUUCUUUUUGUGAUACAUAAUGAAUAAUUCUCAAAAUAUUUUGAAAGUUCUAUCAACUUAUCAGCCCCACUUUCAGGAUUUUAUCGUCAAAAAUAUACUACAUAUAAAUAAUGUUCCCAGACUAUUUGUUAACAACUCAGAUGGUGAGUACGAUGAUAUUUCGCUCCUCAAAUCAGGUAAAGUGGAUAUGAUUUUUCCGGAUGGAUCUUUAUCUUUUCUGGAUGGUACAGAGGUCAAUAUAUCAGUCGGGCCAGUAGUUGGAGGUGUCAGUUGUGUCUUUUGGAAUAUCUACCCAAACUCGUCAACUGAUGUAAUUAACAAAGGAAUAUUAUCUUCACUUGAGAUAGUUAACCAUUCCGUUUUCAUCUUCGCUGUCCUGUUAACAGUUCUCGCUUUGAUAAUAUAUUUUGUUCAAUCAGAUAUCGGAAGUGAUGUUUCUACCCUUUAUCCACCUUCGAUCAUAAAGUAUCUCUUGGCAAACAUCAAAGGUCAAUAUUUUGAAAGAUUAGCUGCAUUAUUUUACCAUAAAAAUAUCGAUGGUGACAAGAAACGUAGGAUUAUCAGAGCUUCUUAUUCUGGUCUUGAACAAAAGCUUUGGACCGUCGGUUCUGAAAAAAUGCUCGAAACUCGAGACGAUGCAAAAAUUGAAAGACUUCUCUUUCCAAUGUGUUGGCGUUAUGAGGAAUUAGGUGCUCAACCUGAAGGGUCAUACAGUCCAAUCACUUAUUCUAAUUUCACUGAUCUAAUGUAUCUAUACCUAUCACUUUCUUUUCUUGCAAUUAUCUUAUUUCUACUCGAAGUUUUUCUCAUCAAAUUUAAAUCACAAAAUUAAUAUUAAAUAUCUUUCCGUGAUUAAUCUCUGUUAACCAUUGGGUUGUUUAAUUAUGUAAUUACAGUACUCGUGUGAGAGAUAAUUAUAAACGAAACAGCAUUUAUUCAAAUGAAUUUUAUGUAUAAACCAAAUGCAAAUUAAUCAAAAAUAAAGGUAACAUUGUGUCUAUUUGUUUGUGACUAAUUC